UAAUUUUCUUUUUUAAACUCUUUUUUUAAAUGUCUGGUCCUGAAAAUUGCCCUGUCCCUUUGAUCAUACAUGGAAGUUGAACUGUUUACUUAUUAUUUAAAACCAUGUUUUUUAUAAAACAAAUCUAAUUUACUGUUACCUUUAACACUGUAUGAAUUUACUACAACACUGAAAUGGUAAAAAUACACUUUUAAUAUGAAUAAUAUCAAAUAAAUAUUUGUCCCCCAAAUUUAUGUCAUUGGUGUUACCCUACCCAAAAUACUUUUAUUUUGAAACAAUGCAUCAGCUCUUUGAAGUUUUUCAUGGGUCAAGAGGUCAGUGAAGGAAGUGCAGUGGAGGAAAGCAAAAGUUCACACCCAUGAAGUGAUUGAGACCUUCAGUGAAGCUCCUCCUACAACAAUUCACCAAUAAAUGCUGGAGACAAACACACAGAGAAAUCACUCCAUGUGUGACAACUGAAAUCUUCAUGAUAUAAUGUUGAUGCUGGUGAAAGAGGAGCUUGAGAAGAUGACAGAUCCACAACCAUGUAGAAUAAAGAAUGAAGAUACUGAGGAACAAAUAGAUAUGAUGGAAGUGAAUAAGGAGAGUCAAGCUGAAGUGAAUGAAGCGGAUGGGAAACGUCAGAAUGUAAAAACAAAAUGUAAUGCUUCACAGAAAGAAACUCUGAGAACAGAAGACAAAAUGUGUGAAAAGAGUUUUAGUAAAGAUGGACGCCCUGCAGAUCACAAGAGGACUCAAAAUGCAAAGAAACCAUUCACAUGUCAACACUGUGGGAAGAGUUUCACCAAAAAAUCUAAGUUUACAAUCCACAUGAGAGUUCACACUGGAGAGAAACCAUUUAUGUGUAAACAGUGUGGGAUGAGUUUUACUCAAAAAUCAGGUGUUGAGAGCCACAUGAGGAUUCACACCGGAGAGAAACCUUACAAAUGCAGUCUUUGUGACAAGAGUUUUACCCAUAAAAAUGCCUUUAAAACACACAUGAGAGUUCACACUGGAGAGAAACCUUACUCGUGUCAACAGUGUGGUAAAAGUUUCACACAACAAUCAGGUUUUGAUGGCCACAUGAGAAUUCACACCGGAGAGAAACCUUACAAAUGCAGUCAGUGUGAAAAGAGUUUUCGCUCUGGAAGUAACCUUAAGGAACACAUGAAGAUUCACACUGGAGAGAAACCUUUUCCAUGCCAGCAUUGUGAAAAGAGUUUCCCAAAUGCAAAACAACUUAACAGACACAUGAGAGUUCACACCGGAGAAAAACCUUUUGAAUGUCAUCAUUGUGGAAAGUUUUUCAGAUGUUAUGGUAACCUUAAUGCACACAUGAAAAUUCACACUGGAGAGAAACCGUUCAUGUGUCAACAGUGUGGAAAGAGUUUUGCCCAUCAAUCAGGUUUUGACAGCCACAUGAGGAUUCACACUGGAGAGAGAUCAUUCGCAUGUCAUCAUUGUGAAAAGAGUUUCUCGUCUAAGGAUCAUCUUACGAGACAUGUGAGAAUUCACACUGGAGAGAAACCAUUCAAGUGCCAUCACUGCGAGAAGAGUUUUACCACCGGUGGUAACCUUAAUGAACACAUAAGAGUUCAUACCGGAGAGAAACCAUUCAUGUGUCAACAGUGUGAAAAGUGUUUUUCAGGAACAAGCCAACUUAAAAGACACAUGAGAGUUCACACUGGAGAGAAACGCAUUCCCGUGCAGUCAGUGUGAAAAGAGUUUCAGAGAGGAAAGUACACUUAAAGGGAAAUU